AUUCUCUCCUUGUAGUAUGUAUAUUACACAAUCACUUCCACUGGCCAUUGACAUUUCAUGCAUCUUGUGUCAGUUGUAAACUUUUACUAAGAAGCAGCAGGUGUAUCUCAUGGCAAAACACCCCGUGCAGCUAUUCGAUUGUCAUUUUACACAACAAAUGAGAAAUUGAGAGCUUUGUUUUUGCCUUUUGGCGAGCUUAAAGAAACAAGGCUUUUGAUAGAUCCUAGAACUCAGAGACCCAAAGGAUAUGGAUUUGUGACAUUUGACUCUGAAACUGAUGCCCAUAGUGCUCUUAAGGCUUUGAAUUGAAAGGGGUGGUUUCUGCGGUUUCAAAAUACGGAGAUUGGGGUCAGAGAUCUUGAUCUUAUUCAAGAGAGGAUGAUUAUCAACGGUUUUUGCCAUUUUUCUACAGGAGGUUUUGGAUGAUUGGCAAAAUCAAUUUGUUUGUCCAAAAGUGGACGCCGGAUCAUUUACCAUCUAAAGAUUGCCCGGUGGCACUGGUUUGUGUGGAGAUUCGUAACAUUCAUCUGCAUUUAUCAGAUCAAAAGGUUCUAUACACCAUUGGGUCUAGAUUAGGGAAGCCAAUGAAAUUGGAUCUCAAUACUGUAUGGGGGGUCAAGCCUGACUCUGCUAGGAUUUCCGUAGAAAUGGAUGUCUCCAUUGCUAGACCUCCACGUAUACAUAAAAUAUGGAAAAAUAGUCUCAUGGGGAAGGCUUCACCUAGUGAGACAGUGAUAAAUGGGGCAGAUAGACGACAAGAUGUGCAUAAUGAUGGUCGGGAAAUAGUUAGAAGAUGGUUUAAAGAUGAUAAGGAUUGUAAGACCAAAUUUGCAGUGUUGGGGGAAUGCAAGGAAGUUCUAACUGAUAAAGAGGGAGGUUCCAGUAAAGAAAACUAUGAUAAAGCUUUUCCAUUAAUGGACAUGGUCCAGCCAGUUCACCUACCUUCAUAUAGGGACAUCCAUCAACAAAAAUUUGAUGUAUCUGAGUAGGUGAACAGAGAUGCGGGGGGGGGGGGUGGAUUUCUAAGUCAGGUUCUGGAAGAAAAUCAGAUCACAGGUAAUGUGGGCAUCAUACCUUGUGAGAAUCCUGUGAAUAUACAAGGCUUGGAAGAGGAGACAAAUGUGAAUUUGAUGACAAUUCAUAGAAGGUUUCUCCCGAAAUAUCUCCCGAAAAUGUUUUGAUAAAUCUGUGUUUGAGCCAUUAAAAAUGAUUUUAGCAGAUGCCCUAAUUUCUCAAUAACUAUACCCAAAAAUACCGGAAGAACACAGAAUUGCUCUACAUUGGGGGUUACAACUAGGGGUAUGCUGGAAAGAGGAGUAAGCAAAAAUCCUUUAAAAUGAAAAUUUUGUUUUGGAAUGUCUAUGGGGUAUCUUCUUUCCUCAUCACACUUAUUACACUGAGGAGUUUUGGUCUGGAUUUUAUGAGUACUAUGGAGCCUAUGGUAAAAGUACAGAAAAGGGAUGUCUUUAGAAUGAAAAUUGGGUUUACUA